AUGGUUUUGCUUUUUUUAUUGAAUGUUCGUGAUGAAAAUUUAAACGGAGAGGGGAAGGGGGCGUGGGGGUGUUCCUGCGGUCCAGAAUGCAGUCCUGAUAAAUGCGAGGGAAGAAAUCGUUCCGUUUUACUCGGAUGGGAUUCGUUGAGAACGAAAAUAUUUUUAUGUUUGUUUGCCGUUUUUGUGGUUUGGUUGGUUGUUUAUGUUUCCUUAUCGCUCACCGUGUUAAGCAACUAA